AUGCAAGCCGCUAUCCACAGAAAGCUCAACACUGCUUUAGAAGAUGAUGUUCCUCUUCUUUUCCCUUUUGAACAACAACAACAACAACAACAGCAACCAGACUUUUAUUACGACGCAGCGACUAAUCAACAAGAUCGCCCCAGUUUUUCCUUUGGAUCUACAAUCUCCCCAAGAAGUUGGCAUUUUGAAAAAUCAGACAACGACUCAAAUAUUCCCUCCUCUCAAUUACAGCACUUGGUUCACACACAACCAAUUCACUUGAUUAACCCUCAGAUUUUAUUCAACGAAGAGUUUUUGAACUUGGAAAACAUCGAUUCGCAGCCUCGUUCUAAAGAAAAUAGAAGUAUAAACGGCAAUGAAACAGAAACAGCUACUGAAAAACAAAAAAGGGACUCAAAAAGUACAAAAUCUUCCUCUUUAUCAUCACUUUUUUCUAAUGACGAUACAGCUUCCACGUAUUAUUCUUCUUACAACAACAACAAUAUCUUCCAAAAAACCGAUAAGAAAAACGAUGAUAUUGAUAUGAUUGACACAAUGAAAUUUGAAACUAAUACCAACUUACAGAAAGACAUAAAGAUAUUUCAAGAAAUUUUCGAUUUUAAUGAAUUUGCAUACGCACAAGAUUUUUACCCACACAGUACGAACUAUACUUAUUCGAAACCCUCAAACGUCCAUAACUCAAUAACCACCAAAAAUAUAGACUCAUACUAUCAGCACCAAUACCAGAAUCUACCCCAUAUUGAAAAUAUGCACUCCAUUAACAACCGUCAUUAUAACAACAACAAAAGCGUUAAUUAUAACAACAGUAGCCUUCUUCACAAUAAUAAUAACAACAGCGCCAGUAACGCGUCCCAUAGCAUGUACGAAGCUGAACCGUUUAUAGAUGAACCUCAAGUGCCAUCAUGCUAUUACCCAUUAGAAAUUUCCUUGGAUAUUGAUAGGACACCAGCACAAAAACUAAACUCGGAAGAAUUAGAAUUUGUUAAAAGGCUAAACGCCAAACUAUCAAGAUAUGCUGCUGCCUAUUCAGUUAGUGCUUCCAACGACCAAGAUUAUUACGAUAAGGUCAGAUUUCAAGAGAUUUCCUAUAAAUUUAGUAAAACAUAUUCUUAG